AUGUUCAAGAGCCCUGGUUCAACAAACGCGGAACCGCCAGGACAGGGAAGCGGUGCGCCCGGUGUGCCGCCCGACCACGGCGAUGAGAGCGAGGGCGGGACCGGCGGAGGAAAAGAAGAUGACAGCGAACUGCACCCGCCCAGUCCAGAGCUUCAGGCAGACCCAACACAACAGCCGCCCCCCAGUAUACAAGACAGUCAGAGCUCCGUUGGCAGUACGAACAGGGAUGGUAGUAACGGUGCAGGCAGCAGUGCUGGUGGGAGAGGAUCUUCCGGUAGUACGGACCAGGAAGUUCCGAAGAAGGAGGAGGAAGACAGUGGACCUGUCUCACAGGAGAGCAGUCAUGAAAAUGAUGUGCUCAAGCCUCUACCAGAGCCUAAUCCGGUACCCUUGCCGGGCGUCGCGAAACCCGAACGGGGUCUCGACAACGGACACGCAGGCGAGCACACAGCAGCUGAGAAUACUAACAGCAAGCUCCCCACCGCUGAAGGCUCUAAUCUCGAAUCCCCACAGGGCGCGGGGGGCUUGGGCGAGAGCCAACAGGCUGAAGAAGCGAAGGGACUUGCGCAAUCACCUGAUGGCAGUCUGCCCGGCGCGCCGCAUGCAAGGCUGAGAAGGCUCUCUGAACCGAAGGAAACACCCGCCCAUUACUUGACUGUCAUAGUGCACUUUGAUGGGCGGAGCGUCUCGCGAGGGAUGGCCGCGCUCUCAUCUGUUUUCUUUGUCGGUGCCACCGUGCUGCUCUCAGCAUUCUAG